UCAAUUAGUUUCUAUUACUUCGUGGAUAAAGUGUUUGUUAAAAGUUUUAAGUACUGCAAUGGAUUUUAAAGUACUUUUAAUGGUUAUCGCAAUUUUCGCUGUUGGCGAAGGAAGUUCAAAGUCUCAAGUUAGUCGUGGAAAUAUUUUACCAAGAGAUGAACCGUCGUUUCGUCUGCCGUUCAACACUCUUCCAUUACAUUAUGAUCUAUCAUUGACAACUGAUAUUCAUCGAGGAGAUUUUGAUUUUUCUGGAGUUGUUCGGAUAAAGUUUGUUGCUUUCAUCGACACAAGUCAAAUUACGCUUCACUAUCGUCAACUUUCCAUCAAUAAUAUUGAUUUGUUUGAUGAUUCUGACCCUCCUGAACUUCUUGAAUCCAAUUUGGAGUUCACAUUAGAUCCUGAAUAUGAGUUUAUAAGAAUUGUUACGAGCCCAGGUUUGAAUGAGAAUCAAAAUUACACUGUGAGCCUUUCUUACAAUGGAACUUUAAGAGAAGACAAUUACGGAUUCUAUCGAACCUUCUAUAAAAAUGAACUAGGAGAAACAGUUUGGGUUGCAUCAACUCACUUCCAACAAAUCGAUGCUAGACACGCUUUUCCUUGCUACGAUGAACCUCAAUUUCGAACGACAUACUCGAUUGACAUUCGUCAUGAUGCCAGCUAUUUCGCACUCUCAAACAUGCCAGUUGAAUCUGAAGUUUUAGAAGAUGAGACAAAUUAUGUGACAACUCGAUUUGAAAUGACGCCACUUAUGCAAACAUAUUUUGUUGCUUUCGUUGUGUCAGAUUAUGCAAGCAUUGAGAAUAAUGCAACAUUAAGGCAAAGAGUUUUCGCAAGAGCAGCUGCAAUUGAACGUGGUGAAGGCAAUUUUGCUUUGGAAGUUGGUGAAGUGAUUUUAGACGCUUACGAAGAAUAUUUGGGCGUUCCUUACAAUCUUCCGAAGCUUGAUCAAGUCGCUGUGUCUGAUUUCGAUUGGGGUGGCUUAUGGGGUGGCUUGUGCAUCUACCGAGAAGACAAUUUACUGUUCAAUGAAACAAUCACCACGACACGCCAACGUGAAAAUAUUUUGAGAUUGAUUUCGCACGAAUAUUUGCAUAAAUGGUUUGGUAAUCUUGUUUCGCCGCUUUGGUGGAGUUAUAUCUGGCUUAACGAAGGUUUCGCAGCACUUUACGAAAGAUUACUCACAAGUGCUGUUUAUCCUGAACAUCGAUUUAUGGAUCUUUUUGUGAUUUAUGCUAUUCAAGGAAUGCUUGAGACUGAUGCCGAUCCAAAUAUCCGACCAAUGACAUUCUACAUUGAGAGACCUGAAGAGAUCUUACAAAUCUUUGAUAACGUUGCUUAUGCCAAAGCUGGUGGCGUUCUUCAAAUGUUGAGAGUUGCCAUAGGACCAUCGACAUUCACAAAGGGAAUUUCAAAUUAUUUAGAAUUAAUGGCAGAACUUUCAGCGAUUCCUGAAGAUCUUUACGCUUCAAUUCAAUUUGCUGUUAAUGAAGAUUAUCCUGUAGAUCCACCAAAUGUCGGUGUAAUCAUGAACAGUUGGGAAUUUCAAUCUGGAUUUCCAUUAAUUACAGUAACACGUGAAGGAAAUCGUUUAGUUUUCACUCAGAGUCGAUUCUAUUAUGGAAAUGAAACAUCAGACGAGCUUUGGUGGGUCCCAAUAAAUUAUGUUGUGGCAUCAAAUCCCGAUUUUACAGAAUCACUGCCUGACUUGUGGAUGGAUCAACAGCCAACUGUCAUAUUGAACAGUGCCAACGCUACAAAACCUUGGACUCAAAACGAUUGGAUUGUCGUAAACAUUCAGGAAACUUUCUAUUAUCGUGUUAACUAUGAAGAAGAUUUAUGGAACUUACUUAUCAAUCAAUUAAAUGGAAAUGACUCCAACGUGAUCCAUUUAUUGAAUCGUGCGCAAUUAAUCGAUGACUCGUUGAAUAUUGCACGUGCUGGCAUGAUCAGCUAUGAAAUUCCAUUCGCCAUUCUUGAGUAUUUGCAGAGGGAAGUGGAUUAUGUCCCAUGGUCAGCGGCAAAUCGUGGGUUGACUUUACUUAAUCGAUGGCUUGAAGGAACAUCAGCUUAUCCAAAUUACCAAAGCUUUGUUCGUCGAAUUGUCGAGCCACUUUUCAUUGAAUAUGGAAUGGAAGUGAUUGCCAAUGAACCAGAACUCAAUCGUUAUGCUCGUUCACUUGCCAUCAACUUAGCGUGUGAAUCUGGAAUUGAGUCAUGUCUUUCAGGAACCUCUCAGAGACUAGUGGACUUAGUUGAGAAUGGCGUCUUCAUUGCGCCAGAUUUACAAAAAUGCGAACAUCAGAAUAUCUUUCCGAAAGGACUUUGA